GAACAAGCCAACAUUUGGGCCGGGAAUAACUAGAGAGGAACAAUGUGGUUACUCAGAGGUUUUGUUUUCCUCUUAGUUCUGUGCCUGCUGCACCAGUCAAAUAGUUCCUUCAUUAGGCUGAAUAAUAAUGGUUUUGAAGAUAUUAUCAUUGUAAUAGAUCCUAGCGUGCCAGAAGAUGAAAAAAUAAUUGAACAAAUACAGGAUAUGGUCACUACAGCUUCUACUUACCUGUUUGAAGCCACAGAAAGAAGAUUUUUUUUCAAAAAUGUAUCUAUAUUAAUUCCUGAAAAUUGGAAGGAAAAUCCUCAGUACAAAAGGCCAAAACAUGAAAACUAUAAACAUGCUGAUGUUAUAGUUGCACCACCUACGCUCCCAGGUAGAGAUGAACCAUACACCAAGCAGUUCACAGAAUGUGGAGAGAAAGGCGAACACAUUCACUUCACCCCUGACUUUCUACUUGGAAAAAAACAAAAUGAAUAUGGACCACCAGGCAGACUGUUUGUCCAUGAGUGGGCUCACCUCCGGUGGGGAGUGUUUGAUGAGUACAAUGAAGAUCAGCCUUUCUACCGUGCUAAGUCAAACAAAAUCGAAGCAACAAGGUGUUCCGCAGGUAUCUCUGGUAUAAAUAGAGUUUAUAAGUGUCAAGGAGGCAGCUGUAUUACUAGAACAUGCAGAAUUGAUUCUAAAACAAAACUGUAUGAAAAAGAUUGUCAAUUCUUUCCUGAUAAGGUGCAAACAGAGAAAGCAUCCAUAAUGUUUACGCAAAGUAUUGAUUCUGUUGUUGAAUUCUGUAAAGAAAAAACCCAUAAUCAAGAAGCUCCAAGCCUACAAAACAAAAAGUGCAAUUUUAGAAGUACAUGGGAGGUGAUUAGCAGUUCUGAGGAUUUUAAUAACACCAUACCCAUGGUGACACCACCUCCUCCACCUGUCUUCUCAUUGCUGAAGAUCAGUCAAAGAAUUGUGUGCUUAGUUCUUGAUAAGUCUGGAAGCAUGGGGAGUUAUGACCGCCUAAAUCAAAUGAACCAAGCAGCAAAAUAUUUCCUGCUGCAGAUUGUUGAAAAUGGAUCCUGGGUGGGGAUGGUUCACUUUGAUAGUACUGCCACUAUUGUAAAUAAGCCAAUCCAAAUAAUAAGCAGUGAUGAAAGAAACACACUCUUGGCAUGGUUACCUACAUACGCUUCGGGAGGAACUUCCAUCUGCUCUGGAAUUAAAUCCGCAUUUCAGGUCAUUGGAGAGCUACGCCCCCACCUCGAUGGAUCUGAAGUAGUGCUGCUGACUGAUGGGGAGGACCACACUGCAAGUUCUUGUAUUGAUGAAGUGAAACAAAGUGGGGCCAUUGUUCAUUUUAUUGCUUUGGGAACAGCUGCUGAAGAAGCAGUAAUAGAGAUGAGCAAGAUAACAGGAGGACGUCAUUUUUAUGCUUCAGGUAAAGCCCAGAACAAUGGCCUCAUUGAUGCUUUUGGGGCCCUUACAUCAGGAAAUACUGAACUCUCCCAGAAGUCCCUUCAGCUUGAAAGUAAGGGAUUAACACUGAACAGUAAUCCCUGGAUGAACGACACUGUCAUAAUUGACAGUACAGUGGGAAAGGACACAUUCUUUCUCAUCACAUGGAACAGUCUGCCUCCCAGUAUUUCUCUCUGGGAUCCCAAUGGAACAAUCAUGGAAAAUUUCACAGUGGAUGCAACUUCCAAAAUGGCCUAUCUCAGUAUUCCAGGAACUGCAAAGGUGGGCACUUGGGCCUACAGUCUUCAAGCCAAAGCAAACCCAGAAACAUUAACUAUCACAGUAACUUCUCGAGCAGCAAAUUCUUCUGUGCCUCCAAUCACAUUGAAUGCUAAAAUGAAUAAGGACAUAAACAGUUUCCCCAGCCCAAUGAUUGUUUACGCAGAAAUUCUACAAGGGUUUGUACCUGUUCUUGGAGCCAAUGUGACUGCUGUCAUUGAAUCACAGAGUGGACAUACAGAAGUUUUGGAGCUUUUGGAUAAUGGUGCAGGCGCUGAUUCUUUCAAGAAUGAUGGGGUCUACUCCAGGUAUUUUACAGCAUAUACAGAAAAUGGCAGCUACAGCUUAAAAGUAUGGGCUCAUGGAGGAGCAAACACUGCCAGGCUAAGCUUACAGCCUCCACUGAAUAGAGCCGCGUAUAUACCAGGCUGGGUAGUGAACGGGGAAAUUGAAGCAAACCCGCCAAGACCUGAAAUUGAUGAGGAUACUCAGACCACCUUGGAGGAUUUCAGCCGAACAGCGUCUGGAGGUGCAUUUGUGGUGUCACAAGUCCCAAAAUAUUUAUUGGAUGACCUACAUCCACCAAGUCAAAUCACAGACCUUGAUGCCACACUUCAGGAGGAUGAGAUUAUUCUUACAUGGACAGCACCAGGAGAUAACUUUGAUGUUGGGAAAGCUCAACAUUAUAUCAUAAAAAUAAGUGGAAGUAUUCUUGAUCUAAGAGACAGUUUUGAUGAUGCUCUUCAAGUAAAUACUACUGAUCUGUCACCAAAGGAGGCCAACUCCAAGGAAAUCUUUGCAUUUAAACCAGGGAAUAUCUCAGAAGAAAAUGCAACUCACAUAUUUAUUGCCAUUAAAAGCAUAGAUAAAAGCAAUUUGACAUCAAAAGUAUCCAACAUUGCACAAGUAGCUUUGUUUACCCCUCAAGCAAAUCCUGAUGACACUUAUCCUACUCCUACUCCUACCCCUACCCCUACUCCUACUCCUACUACUGAUAAAAGUCAUAAUUCUGGAGUUAAUAUUUCUACCCUGGUAUUGUCUGUGAUUGGGUCUAUUGUAAUUGUUAACAUUAUUUUAAGUACCACCAUUUGAACCUUAACGAAGAAAAAAAUCUUCAAGUAGACCUAGAAGAGAGUUUUAGAAAACAAUGUAAGUAAAGGAUAUUUCUGGAUCUUAAAAUUCAUCCCAUGUGUGAUCAUAAACUCAUAAAAAUAAUUUUAAGAUGUCUGAAAAGGAUACUUUGAUUAAAUAAAAACACUCUUGGAGAUGUAAAAAACUGUCAAGAUUAAAAUUUAAUAGUUUUAUUUUUUGUUAUUUUAUUUGUAAGACAUAGUGAUGAACAGAGAUCCUUUUUCAUAUUGUUAUCUGGUUGUUUAUUAUUUGAUACAACAUUUUUCUGAAAUGAUACUUCAAAUUUCAUCAAGAAAUUAAAAUUAUCUAUUUGAGUAGUCAAAAUACAAGUAAAGGAGAGCAAAUAAACAACAUUUG